UCUCGUGUGUUCACUGCAACAGGAAGCAGCUCCCCACUCGGGCAGCUGCGAACAGCAGCACGAAGGAGCCAAGGGUCGCAGCACUGGGAGGAAGCGAAGGAAGCAGCGGCGAUAUCCAGGUAGGUGGGACAGGAGGCUGCAAAAAUGGCGUCCAUGGUCGACUUUCGGGGUCUGGACGAGGGCCUUGGGCACAGGCAGAAGAGGAAAAGAGAGUUUGAGAAGCUGGAGGAGGACCUCCAGGCCGCGAAACGAAUUGCAGUUCCCAUGGAUGAGGGUGCGGGUAAGGCGGAGAUCGAGAAGGUUUUGUCAAGAACGGACCCGAAGACGUUAGGAGGCAUGGUGUCUGGUCGAAAGUGGAAGGUGGCAGCGACUACGCGGACCUCAGCAUUGGGCAGAUCAAAGCCGUUGCAGACGUCGUGGGACGAGAAGAUGCGCCAAAAGGAUGUGAAGAAGAUGUUCCAGCAGACUGUCGAACACAUCAAGAAAUCUCAAGAAGUCAUGAUUGCUUCUGAGAACAAGUGUCACCGACAGUCCACAUUUCAGGUAGGGGAACGUGUCUGGGUCAAGGCUAGUGAGUUGGGACAGGAGUUUGGCAUCUCUAGGAAACUAAUGCCUCACUAUUUCUGUCCCUGGGAAGUCCUGGACAUUGUGGGGAAUGAUUUGGAUGGUCCCUCGUACGUCAUUCGUAUCCCUGGUCACUUGCACACUUACCCUGUUUUUCACGCCUCCAAGCUUGCACCUUUUGCUGAGGCAGCACAGUUCUCAUCACGGAGAUCUAUGCUGCCCCCAACCAUGGAUGGCCACGUGGACGUCGACGAUAUCCUGGGUCACAGAGACACGCCUGUUCCAAAGCCACCUGGCAGGGGAAGACCUCCCAAACCUGCAAGGGAAUACAGAGAGAAGCGGCGAAAGAAGGAGGAGUUCAUGAAAAGAAAGGAGGAGAACACACUCAAAAGCGCCCCUGUCCAGAAGAUUUCGAAUCCGAAGACAAUCAAGAAGAUGAUGAAGUCCAAGAACAAGCGAAAACAGCUCCAGAAAGUCGCAGAGUGAUGGUGCUGUGACGGCCAGACAAGAAUGGAAAUUCCCAGCGUCUCUCUUCAUGCCUGCUCCAUGCUAAAAACUCCGUAGAUUGAAAAAAAAACAGAUCUUCUGUUACGACACCUGUAACUUUGCUGUGCCAUAUGGAUUGGGAAAAGCAAACGGAAAAAAGGCUUUGUAAUGUGGAUAGUGUGAUUGAUGAUCUUUGCAACACCAACAUUC